AUGUCGAAACGAAUAGAUUUACUUUUCUCUCUUGUGAUGCCGAUCGGAGAACAACGGUGUGGAUGUGAAUGGUUUUCAAUAUCGUUGCCACCAAGCCGGUCGGUUACCCAUUCGUUUUUGCUGGAGGUUUCUUAUUUUCCCGCUUGCUUUUUGUUUUACUUCCUUUUUUUUUUUAUUACUUUUCAAAUAAUUCAUUUUUAUAAUUAUUUCUUUCUGCUGCCAGCAUUAUUAUUAUAUUUUUUUUCUUCUCUUUUUUUUUUUAUUGUUGGUUCCUCCCUUCCUUUAAGACAUUCUUUCGUUCAUUCUUUUCUUUCUUCAAGCCACUCUUUUCCAUCCUCUAGCUAUCCUCAUUCUAUUCAAAUCUAUCUAUCUAUCUAUCUAUCUAUCUAUCUAUCUAUCUAUCUAUUCCAUUCUGUGUUCAUAUUUAUCCCUCUGUCCAAAUCUAUCUAUCUAUCUAUCUAUCUAUCUAUCUAUCUAUCUAUCUAUCUUAUUCCUACCUGUCUAUCAAUCUAUCCUAUUCAUUUUCUUGCAUGUAUCUCAAUUUUUCCUCCUAUUUUUCUCUUUUUUGCUCCAUUCUCUCUCUUUCUAUGUUCUAUUUGGAUCUAUCACAUUCUGUUCAUAUCUGUCCAUCUAUCUAUUACAUUUUGUUUCUAUCUAUCUAUCUAUCUAUCUAUCUAUCUAUCUAUCUAUCUAUCUAUCUAUCUAAAUAAAAUGUUGAGACAUCUUAUCUUACCUAUUUCUUGCAUGAUUUCUAUUUCUUUCUUUCUUUCUUUCUUUCUUUAUGUCAAGAUUUCUUUCUUUCAGAAUUUUUCUUUACUUUCUUCUUUGCUUUUCUUUCGUUCUUUCUUCAAGACUUCUCUUUCUUUUUUUUCUUUUAGUUUUUCUCGGCUUUUCUUUACUUCUUUUUUUCAGACUUUCUUUCUAUCUUUCUUUCUUUUUUUUUCUUUCUUUUUUCUGAUUUUUUCUUUCUUUAAGGAUUUCUCCCUCUUUUUUCUUUUAAGCUUUCUCUUCUUUUAUUUUAGCUUUUCACUUUCAUUUUUUUUCUUUCAUGCUAAUUCUUUCUUCGUCGCUUUCUCUAACCUUUCUUUCUUUCCUUCCUUCUUUGAAGCGUUCAUUUAA